CAAUAAUCGACGAUGGUGGCUAGUUGUUGUUGCCAGCAAAUUCCGCGUCCAAACUCAACUCCGCCUCGAUAUAAUGGAGUUGAACGUUCCUCCGCUGCGGUGUGAUUUAUGAAAAAGCGUUCUGCCACGUCAACAUUUGUAAUUGGCUGAUACAGAAUUUGUUACAGGAAAUAGACCUAAUCGGUCUUGGCUAGAAGGCAUACCGAUUUUGUUAAAGUGGCGUCAUAGUCCGGUCUGCUCCACUCGUAGCUUGAGUUGUCUCAGGAAUUUUGUAAUGACUCAUUUACAACGAUGGUGGUUAACACUGCUGGUCUUCAGUAUUUUACUAGCCUACAAGCGUUUGAAGACCAUCUAAACCAUUAUAAACAGAAGACAAGGACCACGUAUUGUAAACAAAAAAGAUACAGCGUCUGGACAGAAGGCUGAGUUCGAAUUGAAUCAAGAAGUGAUAUUAAUCUAGGUCGUUGCCUAGUAAAAUAGCUAGCUAACUCCGUUGACUAACGUUAGAUAUUGUAGCUAGCUAAGUAGACAUACGUAUGUGUUAAUCGAUUUUAGAUUAGCUAUAGAGAUGAAUUGCUAUUCUAACUUGUCAUUUGUUUAACACAGAGCUCGCAUCAUUAAAAAACUUGCAUUGGGAACUCAUAUGUUCCCUAUGAUGGAACUCCCUUCCUGGUGGUCGGUAGGAGAACCUACUGUGCGUAUGCCACCAUGGCAAAGAUAAACAUGCGAGUGAUAGUAAGAGGAAAACACAAAUGGUAAGAUAGCUAAUGUUUUACAAAGAGGCACAGUAAAGGUGAUUAUGAUUGACUGAUGUUGUGAGGAGGUGAUGUCAGUUAGGAAGGAAGACAGGUUGAGAAGGGUACGUGUUAGAAAGGGAAGAGAACCACAAGAUGCAGGACUCCUUGUUCCCCAAAUAUCCAAGAAAACAGAUGGAUACAGGGCUUUCUCCUACAGAGUUCCUCUUUUAUGUGAGAGAGUCAGACUUGGUUUCAGUCUUGUAAGUAACGUUACGUCACUAAGCCUUGGACAAAUAAUCCUUGUCUGAGCAUGAACGGCCCAUAUGGACAGAAGUAUAUCUCCUGUGUCUGUCACGUAAGGCAACUUGAUGUACAAGUAACCUGUUCCCCCUGGACAGGAUGCUAUUUCCCUAAUUCCUUUAUGCUGAGAGCCAAGCAGAGAAGCAUCAGGUCCCAUUGUGCUGGAUUGAUAAACCAUACAACUGACUCUAUUAUGGGGGAGUCCCUGGCUUGUUGCACUCAGUGGUGGCAUUGGACGGGGCCACAUUGUCUCUUGAUCCCCCUGUCCCAGUCUCUAGUGUUUAUGCUGCAAUAGUUUUUAUUUGCUUAGGGUCCAUGGUCAGCUUGUCUCAUCUGGUGUACUGUGUCUUAUCUGAUAUUCAUAAGUAUGCUCCCAGUAGCCCCCUUCUUUUGUCCUUCUCUACAUCUAAUAACUCCUGGACAUGCCUGACCCUACGCCUAUCUGGACAUGCCUGGCCCUACGCCUACCUGGACAUGCCUGACCCUACGCCUACCUGGACAUGCCUGACCCUACGCCUACCUGGACAUGCCUGGCCCUACGCCUACCUGGACAUGCCUGGCCCUACGCCUACCUGGACAUGCCUGACCCUACGCCUACCUGGACAUGCCUGACCCUACGCCUACCUGGACAUGCCUGGCCCUACGCCUACCUGGACAUGCCUGGCCCUACGCCUACCUGGACAUGCCUGACCCUACGCCUACCUGGACAUGCCUGACCCUACGCCUACCUGGACAUGCCUGGCCCCACGCCUACCUGGACAUGCCUGGCCCUACGCCUACCUGGACAUGCCUGACCCUACGCCUACCUGGACAUGCCUGGCCCUACGCCUACCUGGACAUGCCUGACCCUACGCCUACCUGGACAUGCCUGACCCUACGCCUACCUGGACAUGCCUGGCCCUACGCCUACCUGGACAUGCCUGACCCUACGCCUACCUGGACAUGCCUGACCCUACGCCUACCUGGACAUGCCUGGCCCUACGCCUACCUGGACAUGCCUGACCCUACGCCUACCUGGACAUGCCUGACCCUACGCCUACCUGGACAUGCCUGGCCCCACGCCUACCUGGACAUGCCUGACCCUACGCCUACCUGGACAUGCCUGGCCCCACGCCUACCUGGACAUGCCUGGCCCCACGCCUACCUGGACAUGCCUGACCCUACGCCUACCUGGACAUGCCUGACCCUACGCCUACCUGGACAUGCCUGGCCCUACGCCUACCUGGACAUGCCUGACCCUACGCCUACCUGGACAUGCCUGGCCCUACGCCUACCUGGACAUGCCUGGCCCUACGCCUACCUGGACAUGCCUGGCCCUACGCCUACCUGGACAUGCCUGGCCCUACGCCUACCUGGACAUGCCUGACCCUACGCCUACCUGGACAUGCCUGGCCCCACGCCUACCUGGACAUGCCUGACCCUACGCCUACCUGGACAUGCCUGGCCCUACGCCUACCUGGACAUGCCUGACCCUACGCCUACCUGGACAUGCCUGACCCUACGCCUACCUGGACAUGCCUGACCCUACGCCUACCUGGACAUGCCUGGCCCCACGCCUACCUGGACAUGCCUGACCCUACGCCUACCUGGACAUGCCUGACCCCACGCCUACCUGGACAUGCCUGGCCCUACGCCUACCUGGACAUGCCUGGCCCCACGCCUACCUGGACAUGCCUGACCCUACGCCUACCUGGACAUGCCUGGCCCUACGCCUACCUGGACAUGCCUGGCCCUACGCCUACCUGGACAUGCCUGACCCUACGCCUACCUGGACAUGCCUGGCCCUACGCCUACCUGGACAUGCCUGGCCCUACGCCUACCUGGACAUGCCUGACCCUACGCCUACCUGGACAUGCCUGACCCUACGCCUACCUGGACAUGCCUGGCCCUACGCCUACCUGGACAUGCCUGGCCCUACGGCUACCUGGACGUGCUGCUGAUCCUGGACUGUGGCCCUAGCUCCUCCCCUGGGUGUGUCUAGCCCUAGCUCCUCCCCCUCCACUGGGUCUGCCUACCCCUAAUGAGAUUGAGAUGAUUCCAGAAUACAAUCAUAAUGAAGAUUGUUUUCUGUGAUAUCUACGGUACAUUUAACACUUCCAUUCUACAAUAUCUUUCUCAACAUUGUCUUUUUGGUGUGGUUUGUCUCUCACAGAACAUGAGGCUGAGGAGAAAAAAAGUCACAAAAACCCAGACACUGGGAACAAGCCCUGCCACCUCCAGGCCCCUCCACAGUUCCACUCACAGCGGCACCACCAACUCCAAUGCCCCCUCACAGGGUUGGCCAGUUCUUGAGCUGGGAGAUGGAGGUCCUCGACACUUCUGGCUCUCCUUAAUGGAAACCCUGGUGGUCUUUCCUCCUUUGGCUGGUCUGAUGCAGAAUCCCCUGAUGGUCGACUUCUGUGUUACACCGCUCAAGUGUGUGGCUGGCCUCGGUCUCACCUGUACGCAGAGAGGAUGAUCUCUGGUCUGGGAAUGGAUCAGUUGCUUCCUCUGGCCAGGCAAGACUGUGGGCAAUGUUGUCCACUUCCAGAACCAACUGAGAAUGGCUCAGCUGUUGAUGGUUGAAUGAUGUUGAAGGGUUUGAUUUGAAGAUUAAACAGAACACAAUAACUUCAUUAUCUUCACAAACCAGCUCUACCAUCUCAGUACACAUGACUUUUCGUGUACAUAACCUUGUAUGUGUGCAAACUUGUGAUUACAAUGUUUUUGUCAUUAUUACAGAAUGUCAUGUAUAGGACCCUUAAAUGUUUUCAUUUCAAAUUGUUUUAACUGGAUAAGAAUGGAUGAUUGAAAAUAUGUGAUAAUUCAUUAUACAAUGACCAAAAGCAUUCCCACCGACCUCUGCGAGUCUGCUCUGUUGUGGAGCGUAGAGUGACUGUUGUGAUGCUGUCUUCACGGUGACAGCACAGGACAUAAAGUAGGACACGGGAAGUGAUUUCCAAUUGCUGAUGAUGGCAUUACCUCUGUCCCAUUUCUGAUCAAAUCAGCAUUAAGACAACUUUCAUACUAACAACAAUGAGAAGAGAGCACCAUCUGUCCUUCUCCACAAUUCACACUGUGUUUUAUUACCAAAUGAUAUUAGAUAAAGGUAAUCUCUAAUGAACUUCCGAAAAACUGUCCAUGACAGUUUGAAACCCACGAAUCCAUGAGACUCAUCAUUAAUGGUUGAACGUAAAAGACAUUUUAUAUAUUUCUGCCAUUUUUAGCUACAUUAGCUAUAUUUCUUAAAUAUUUAUUUUAAAUGUUUUCCUCUUUUUCCUUGUGCUGGCGAAUGCUGUAUAUAUGUAAAUGUUUCAGAGUGUAGCGUACUUACAACUUUAUUUCUAUGUGUUAUAUAAGUAUAACGUAGGAUGACCUCACCAGCGAGAUGACAACCAUUCAGUGCCAGACAAGCCUUGCUGUCUGGGAAGUCAUUUGAUUGACCUCAUGUGUGCCUCUGUACUGUACUCUGAGUUUGGAUUCAGUCUAUGUGCACACACACACGGUUACAGUAGCUGAUUGAUGAGGUUCUUGUUGAUGGGUGAGAAGAUAACAGGCAAUUCUGGCAUGUGUCCCGUGUUCUCAGUUCAACAAAGGAGACCAGACACAAACACAAGUGACUGGAAUGUUAGAGGAAGUGCAAUAGAUAGUGUUGAAACGUGAAGAUGACACUCGUGUGAAUGAUUGUCCCAUCUAGGUUUGUGAUGACAAGUGAAUUCUGUAUGGGAAUGUAAUGAUGCGCUUAUGGUUAUUGAGCUAAAUUAAGUUCUGCAUUGUC